AAAUUUGCACUACAGCUCAAGGCCAAUCUUGAGAACAUCACCCGGCUUCGGCCAGUAGGAGAUGACUUCCGCUGGUUUCUGAAGCUGAAGUGUGGGAACUGCGGAGAGGUGUCAGACAAAUGGCAGUAUAUAACGCUAAUGGACAGCACCCCUCUGAAAGGAGGCAGAGGCAGUGCCAGCAUGGUACAGAAGUGUAAGCUGUGCUCCCGGGAAAACUCUAUUGAUAUACUGAGCACUUCCAUGCACCCGUACAAUGCUGAAGAUAGUGAAAAAUUUAAGACUAUAGUGGAGUUCGAGUGUCGAGGACUAGAACCUGUAGACUUUCAGCCACAGGCAGGCUUUGCUGCUGAAGGUGCAGAGACUGGAACGCUCUUCAAUGAAAUUAACUUGCAAGAAAAGGACUGGACGGAUUAUGAUGAAAAGGCAAAAGAAUCUGUGGGGAUCUAUGAAGUGACACAUCAAUUUAAAAAAUGUUGA